UGUAAACAUGUAGUAGUGAAGUGGCAUAAAUCUGGAUUUUGGAAAUCAGAUUUCAGGCAACAGAAUCUAAAUUACAGACUUGGAUUUUUAAAUCUGGUUUUUAUGUUUCAUAAUGCCGAUUUCUGUAUUUUAAAUCAGAAAAUCAAAUUUUUUGGUAAAAUCUUAAACUAACUAAACUUACUAACUAGUUAGAAUUUUGUGUUUUAAGUAUAGAGAAAAUUCUAAUAAAAAAAAUUGUAUUUAAUAAUAGUUAGCAUCUGCAUGUAAAUACUGAGAUAUUUAUUUGUUAACUAAAAAUGUAUUUGUAUGAGUAGUAUUUUAAGUAUAAAUGUCUUGAUUCAAUUUGAAUAAGCCGGCAAGAUAAUGGUCGUAUGAGUUUACCCAUUUGAUACUCGGACUAGAUAUAGAAGUAUAUAACAUGUUAUAUAAUAAAUUUGAAACUAGUGAAAGAACAUAGUGGCCAAUACAAACAAUUUUGAACACUCAGUGCCAGGAUCACACAAGAAAACUGUGCUGUUAUUCUAUAAGACAGUUAGCAGGCCAUUGGUAUCUCGAAAAAACAUUUUGAAAUUGAUUUGAUUACACUGGCCUGUUUAUUCUAAUUAUUUUAUUUUAUAAUAAUAUUAUUCAGUGCUGAGUAAUAAUCAGUUAUAUGGUUACAUAUUGUAUCUAAGUUACGGAGUCGAGAUUCAUUGUAACUUGUAAAUAUGAUUAAAUCAUAAUUAUUUUGCCAAUAGUGUAAAUCAAUACAAAUUUACUUGACACUUAACAGUUUUAUACCCAUAAAAACUUUCACCCCGAUAUCAUAUUAUAUUUAUCUCGCAGAAAAUUGUAAUAACUAAUUUGUGAAAAAUCUAGAGAAUAGGGUUAACUGUCGGAUAUUGUCCUGUUUUGCACCUACUAUGAACCCGAUGCUUGUGUAAAUCCAGCUUAAUAAGUACCUAUAUAGUUAUACAAAUUCUUUGUAAUGAAUAUUGUUAAAGCUCCUAAUUAACAGCUGUAAUUCUAAUAAAAAUACUAAGGUACUAAUACUAUUGGCUAUUGAGAAUAAUUUAAUUAUUUAUAGUGCUACGGAAAAUGGGUAUUUUGGCUGGUUGUUAACUGACAAUAAUCGGCCAAAACCCUUCCAGUCCGUUCUUGAGGCUAGUACAUAUUAUCCAAUGUUCAUAGUCAAUUAAUAUUUAUUGUGUUCUAUAUUUUCUACCAUCAGAUAAAAAAAGACCUGCUUAUUACCAAAUAUAAACUUGAGUUUGCUUCCAACAUUAAUUAUUGCAAUAGCAUAGAGAUCAAUGAGUAUAGUAAUCAUAGUGCAUGUUGCAGAAUGCACAGUGCAUACACAAUGCAACAACUAGUACGCAUGAGAAAUAUUUUGUAAUAAUAAAGUAUAUACAAAACGUGUAUAAUUAAUUACAUUUAAUCAUGGAUCCCAGCAAAGUAUGGCAGUAUUUUAAAUGUAACGAAUCCAAUGAUUUUGUCAAAUGCUUAAUUUGUGAUUAUGAGUUGAUGAAUGAUGGAUCUACUUCACCGUUGUGGACACAUUAUAAUACAUGGCACCGAAAAGAAAAGAAUACAUCACAGUCAAAUGACGAAAGGUUACAUGAUGAAGUGGAACAAAGGGAUAAUGAACAGAUAGCUACUUCAACUGAUCAAAUAGCUUUGACAUCUACUUACCAAGUAACCUCAACAUCUACUGACCAAACAACUUCAAUAUCUACUGAUCAAAUAGCUUUGACUUCAAUAAAGUCUCCAUUAAGUCUUCCAUUUCAAAAACGUUUAAAACUCAAAUAAUACAGUACUUACUAAAGAUAGACCAUUAAAUGGAGAACGUGAAGAACAAAUAACACAUAGUAUUUGUAAAAUGAUUCUUAUUGCCUUUUUCUUUCGUUGAAAAUAAAGGAUUUAAAAAUCGUAUGGACCUACUUGAGCCAAUUUAUCAAAUACCGAAUCAAAAAACAAUAAGUACUCUCAUAGAAAAAUUACAUGAGGACAAAGUAAACCAUACAAAAAAUCUUCUUGAAAGUAUUAACGGUAUUGCUCUAACUACGGAUGGCUGGAGUUCACAAUCUAUAGACUUGUAUUACAUACACAGGUCACUAUAUCAAUAAAAAUUGGACAUUGUGUAAUGUAACAAUGUCCGUCAAGGAAAUGAUAGAACCACGUACAGCUGACCAUUUAAAAGAAAAAAUUCUGGAGCUUAUGGAUGAAUGGAAUAUAACUAAUAAGAUCACUAGUAUAACUCAUGAUAAUGCAUCUAACAUUAUAAACGCAGUCAGAAAUUUAGAAGAUCAAUUCAAUUUGUAUUCAAGUAAAUAUGCUGCGCAUACAAUAUAGUUAGCGAUUAAAAAAGAUCUUGAUGAAAAUGUUUGUAGUAAGUUGUUAGAAACAAUGUGCAAAAUUGUAACUACAUUUAGACCAUCCAUUAAACAAUCCUAUGCAUUACAAAUGUAUCUACAGCAAACGGGACAAAAAGAGUUAGCUCUAGUACAAAGUUGUCCUACUAGAUGGAAUUCAUACCCAGCUAUGUUGGAGCGCUUGUUUUGAAUGCGCAGGGCUGUUGUGGCAGUAAUAAUUGAUGGGGAAUACUUAAACAAAAGAAUUGAGAACAACUUAGAAAUGUUAGAAGAAGAUUGGGACAAAUGUGAAGUUCUCGUCAAAUUAUUGAAACCACUGCAACUGGCUAUGACAAUACUAUGUUCUGAACAGCAAAGCACAAUAUCGAUAGUUUGACCAUUUAUUGCUAAUCUCAUCAAUAAACACUUAAGAUUAAAUCAAUCAGACUGUGUACUUGCUACAGAAUUUAAAAGCAUAGUUUCUAAAGACUUGGCAAGACAAUUUUCAAUGGAAGAUGAACCUUAGAAUAUCAUACAAAUGGUAUACCGGUGAAUGUAAUGCAAAUUGCAAGUUUGCUUGACCCUAGAUUCAAAAAUUUAAAAUUUGAACCCUCAAAGCAAAUAAAAUCACAUAUUCAGUCAAUUGUUCGUUCAAAACUAUUAUCUGUGAAUAACAUUUUGACAACUACAGGCGACAAUACUCAAAUAAUAAAACCGACUAUGUUAGACGAGCUUGUAGGGCAGUCGCCUAAAGAUUAUGAAGAUGAAUUUACUCGCUAUUUGUCUGAACCUCAAAUUAAUCACAACGAGAAUCCAUGCUUGUGGUGGAAAGCACUUGAAAAUGUUUAUCCUACAAUAUCGGUCUUAGCAAAAAAAUAUUUUAUGCAUUCCUGCUUCAUCAGCAUCAUUUGAACGUGUAUUUUCCGCAACUGAUAAUAUUAUAACACCCAAAUAAAACAG